UGCCUGAGAAAUUCAUUCACUACGAUGAUCGCUUAGUGGGAAGGUGGUCCUCUCUGUACCCUGCGGCUGGUGUAUGGGUAAAACUGAUGAAAUCAAACAAUCUCGUUUGACCAAAUCAUAAUUCGUAUCAUCAGGGUCAAGUGUGCUUGAAGAUAUCAUCUGAAUUUAUCGUCCACGAAAUUAAAAAUCCGGUAUAUCUAAUUUAACUUUUUCCUGAUUUAUGGCUGUAUUGCCAAAAGUUUAUUGACAAACGCGCAGCUCUGUCCAUUCGAAUUGUUUUAUAUUCUUCCGAUUUCUUUCAUUUUCUCCGGAAUUUGGCACCAUGGAGCCCAACUCUACCACGGGCGGGGCUGAAGAAGAGCUCUGCGAAAACUUAGUGUCAAAAGUGCCUGCGGAGGGCCACAGGCACGGGCACCGGCUGGCAGAGGCCAUGGAAGUGGAGCAGGAGGGGCUGGUGGAGCAUCAGCCGCUGGAGCAAGAAGACCUGAACUUUGAGCGUUGGAAGCCCAGGCCAAAGCCUGAGAGGUCGCUGUACGACCAGAUAUCGGCCCUGAAACAAUACUUUUGGAAUCCCGAGACCAGGGAGUUCAUGGGCCGCACGGGGAAGAGCUGGAGCCUCAUCAUCUUUUUCUAUUCGGCAUUGUACACUUUCUUGGCUGCCAUGUUUGCUGCUUGUAUGUGCUGCCUGAUGUGGUCCAUCAACCCUUACAAACCAACGUACAAUGACAGGGUGUUGCCACCAGGCAUGGUGAUGUUCCCACACGUAGAGGGAUUUGACAUUGCCUUCAACGUAUCCGACCGCAGCUCCUGGAAGAAGUAUGUGAAGGUGUUGGAGCAUCACCUCAAACCGUACGAUGACUCUACUCAGGAGGAAAUGAAUAUCCCAUGUCAGCAGGACAAAUAUUUUAUGCAAGAUGACAAAGAGGAGAGUGCGGAGCGAAAAGCAUGCCAGUUCAAGAGAUCAUGGCUUGGGGAGUGCUCAGGGAUGUCAGAUCCUCAUUUUGGCUACUCUCAGGGAAAGCCCUGCAUCCUUCUCAAGAUGAACCGGAUUCUUGGGUACUUGCCUGGUGACGGAACCCCGAUAAACGUGACUUGUAAUAUGAAGAAAGGGGACUCAGGACACCUUGGAGAACUUGAGUUCUAUCCAAAAAGCAUUUUCAAUCUCAUGUACUACCCCUACUAUGGGAAGCAGAGACACGUGAACUACACAUCGCCAAUGAUCGCAGUGCGCUUCCCUUCAGUUCACCACGACACCCAUCUGCAUGUGCAAUGUAAGCUCCAUGGCAAGGGCAUCAUCAAUGAUUCAGCAACCGAUCGCUUUCUGGGAAGUGUGUCUUUCACUCUUGAAGUGGGGGGGUAGGGGCCCACAGCCAUGGCCUUCAUCCAUCACCUUUUGAGUUGUACACAUUUGCAAAUGGAAGAUCCUACUAUAGAUGGAGAAUUUCCCCUGUACGUCCAUACAAUAUCUUUAGUCUUUCCCAACUCCCAUGCAUAGAUAGCUAUAACUUUAGUGAGAGCGCUAAUGGAGACACACCUCACACAAACAAGGACAGAGUCAGUGCUGGGAGGGGGGACGAGGACAUACUGUACUUUUCAGAAGUCAAUGCAUAGUUUCACAUAGUCAGUAGGAGAAAUUGUGUUUUGUCUAGGGCUUGGAAAGGAUUUCCCAAGUCAUUUGUGUGGAAGCUGUGGCACACAUGUAAGACUUGACUUAGCCUACUUUUACCAGAGGGCCUGAUGUUCCAAAAAAGGGAAGUUGAUUUUAUCAUUUAUAGUUACAAAUUAACUUUGGAGCUUCAAGUUAUUGGGCAUCUUGAGUUCAUCAGAUUCACAAAUUGUUACACACCAGAGUGGCAAAAUGAAACAAGUAGUUUUUGUAUAAUAGUUUGGUUUGGAAUAUUUUGUAACACUUUUCUUAUUCAUCAACAUUUCUUUUGUACAAAGGUUACACCCUCUGAAAUGCAAAACGAAUAUAUUUGUCUUGUCACUGAGCUCAAUUUCAGAUAAUCCAGAGACUAUUUACCACAGAGAUCGAUAGUCUUGUAUUACAAUAUCAGUUUGCUUUCUCCUUUUAAUGUGAUAACAGGAUGCUAUUCUUUAGAAUUAAUCAUUUCUGUCUAUGAUAUAGUUAACAGUUUUGUUUACCUUUAAUCUAAUAAGUAAUUCCGUUAAUUACUGCCCAAAAAUGGGUUUCAUUCCAUGCUAGUUUGUAAAAUUCUUAAAUUGUUUACAUUUUUUUUUUUUAAACAAACAAAAGGAAAUGUCAACCCUCUCUCUGCAGACGGAUAUUAAGUAUGUUAGACACGCGCAAACAAGAUAGAACAAUAUGGAUCAAUUCUUAAUGUUAUGAAAUACCUGGUGAGACUCAGCAGUAUUAUUUAUUAAUGUAUUUGAUAAUGUUGACACGGAACAAUCAAAUGUUAACGGUGAAGGAUAGGUUUACUUUGGAAACUGCGUAACCUCUUGGCAGAUGAUAUAUUUCAUUGGCAGACAAUAGUGUGCCAGAAUACAUUUUACACGAAAACACUCAAUGUCAUAGCAAUGUAAGCAAUAAACAUGGAACUGAAUUAACUAAUUUAAA